GCAAAUAUAUCACAAAGCUGGCUCCCUGCUCCCAUUCUCAGAUAGUGACCAUAAAUUUCUACAAAUGUACUUCAUUGGUGAUGAUAGACAUGAAGUAGAUGCACGUUGUGGAAUACAUAACUCGCUAAGAAGAUCCAUUAUUUUGCAGCUGCAGGAGCUUCUUCACGAAAGGAACAGUUUGGUGCGUUUGUUCAAAACAGCAAUUGAUAUGAUGCCAUCAGAUACCCACAAAAUUGUUAUUCACGCAGACAAAACUCCUGCUGGAGAACAUGUCCGGAGAUAUAAUGCUCCAACUAUAGACGAAGUAGCAAUUGUCAUAGUUGGUGAUCAGUUCCAACCUAGAGAUAUUGUUCUCCAUCGAAGAAAUAAUCAAUUAAUAAAUGUAGCAGAAACUCACCGUUGUUACGAUGCUUUACAAUAUCCAUUGAUCUUUUGGGAUGGUGCUGAUGGAUAUCAUUUCAAUGUGAAAAUGAUAAAUCCAGUAAAUGGUGCAGAAAUCAAUAAAAAGUGCAGCUCAAUGAACUUUUACGCAUACCGCUUAAUGAUUCGGAUGAACGAGGACAAUCAUAUUCUAAAAUUCCGUCAGUUAUUUCACCAGUACCUUGUGGAUAUGUAUGCAAAAAUUGAAACGGAACGUUUGCUAUUUCUUCGUUUGAAUCAGACUAAACUACGCUCUGAAGAAUAUAUUCAUUUGCGAGAUGCAGUUGUGAAUGAUGGUAAUACAACCAACGUUGGAAAGCUAACUAUUUUGCCAUCUUCAUUCAUUGGCAGUCCACGUCACAUGCAAGAAUAUGCUCAAGAUGCAAUGUCAUAUGUUCGUCAUUAUGGGCGUCCAGAUUUAUUUAUCACUUUCACUUGCAAUCCAGUUUGGGACGAGAUACAGCAGCUGUUAUUUCCUGGGCAAUCACACGUGGAUAGGCAUGACAUUAUAGCACGUGUUUUCCGGCAAAAGCUUAAAUCGCUGAUGGAUUUCAUUGUGAAACUUGAAGUAUUUGGAUCUGUGCGCUGCUGGAUGUAUUCAGUGGAAUGGCAGAAGAGAGGAUUACCACAUGCGCAUAUACUAAUCUGGCUCUACAAUAAAAUAACUUCAGACGAAAUUGAUGACGUGAUAUGCGCUGAGAUUCCACGGGCUGACAGCGAUAAGGAUUUGCAUGCAGUGAUCAUCAAAAACAUGAUACAUGGACCAUGUGGUACACUAAAUCCAAAUUCACCAUGCAUGGUAGAUGGGAAAUGCUCUAAGCAAUAUCCUCGAGCAUUUACAGCAAACACAGUAACAGGCGACGAUGGAUAUCCUCGGUAUAGAAGACGAUCAACUGAAGAUGGUGGAAAUUCGGCAACUAUACACAUGCGAAAUGGUGAUAUUGAUGUAGACAACCGUUGGGUGGUUCCAUAUUCUCCUUUACUGUCAAAAACAUACCAAGCCCACAUAAACGUAGAAUAUUGCAAUUCUGUGAAAUCGAUUAAAUAUAUCUGUAAAUAUGUAAAUAAAGGCAGCGAUAUGGCAGUUUUUAGUGUGCAAUCUGAUAAUUGUGACAAUAAUGCAGUACGAGAUAUUGAUGAAAUUGCUCAAUACCAGGCUGGAAGAUACAUAAGCAGCAAUGAGGCUGCAUGGCGAAUUUUUUCAUUUCCCAUGCAUGAACGCAAUCCAGCUGUGGUUCACUUGGCAGUACAUUUAGAAAAUGGACAGCGUGUUUAUUUCACAGAUGCAAAUGUGCAAGAAAGAGCCCUUAAUCCACCUGGUACAACUCUGACUGCUUUUUUCACCUUAUGCCAGGAAGACGCUUUUGCCAGAACACUAAUGUAUUCAGAAGUUCCCUCUUACUACACGUGGAAUGUAACUAGAAAAGUAUUUGUACGGCGCAAACGAGGGGAGCCAGUCAACGGUCACCCUGGCAUUUUCAAAGAAAAUACAAUUGGUAGACUUUAUACAGUGCAUCCCAAUCAAGAUGAAUGUUUUUACCUUCGCAUGCUAUUGGUAAAUGUGCCUGGUCCUACAUCUUUCCAGCAAUUAAAAAUAGUUGACGGCGUCACACAUGCCACUUUUCGCGCUACGUGUCAAGCUCUGAAUUUAUUAGAAAAUGACCAACAGUGGAACAUAUGCAUCAAUGACGCGUGCAACACUGCACAUCCAAACCAAAUUCGCGCAUUAUUUGCGAUUAUAUUGACCGCUUGCUUUCCUUCAUCUCCCACAGAGUUAUGGGAAAGAUAUCGUUCGCAUAUGGCUGAAGAUAUUUUGCAUAGAGUACGCCUUGAAAAUGCCAAUAUGACCUUAGAAUUUACAGAAGCCAUUUACAACGAAGCAUUGAUAAAUAUUGAGGACAAGUGCUUAGCUAUUGCAAAUAAAGUUCUUAGUCAAUUAGGAAUGCCAGCACCAACCCGAACUGCGACUGCUGCAUUUGAUGUAGAUUUACGCCGUGAACAGAGUUACAACAUUAAUGAUCUUCAGGCAUAUGUCCAAUCGAACAUUCCCAAAUUAACGUGGGAACAGAAAGGCAUUUAUGAUCGCAUAAUGCAAAUGAUAAAUGACGGAGUUGGGGGGACCUUCUUCUUGGAUGCGCCAGGAGGAACUGGGAAAACAUUCCUCAUUAGAUUGAUUCUAGCAACGGUUCGAUCAAAAAGUGAUAUAGCCUUAGCUCUUGCUUCGUCUGGAAUAGCUGCAACAUUGUUACCAGGUGGAAGAACUGCGCAUUCAGCUCUAAAGUUGCCAUUAAACAUGCAAAUCAUUGAGACUCCUACGUGCAAUAUUUCUAAAGCAUCCGGUAUGGGAAAAGUAUUACAAAAAUGUAAACUAAUUGUUUGGGAUGAAUGCACAAUGGCACAUAAAAAAUCGCUCGAAGCUCUUGAUCGAUCAUUACGAGACUUGCGUGGAAACGUUCAACCAUUCGGGAAUGCAUUGAUAUUGCUCGCAGGAGAUUUUAGGCAAACAUUGCCUGUAAUUUCUCGAUCGACACCAGCAGACGAAAUUAAUGCUUGCCUGAAAUAUUCAACACUAUGGCGGCACGUACAUACAUUGGAGUUGACUACGAAUAUGCGUGUCCAGUUGCAGAAUGAUCCAUCAGCUGAGGUAUUCUCACGACAGUUACUGGAAAUUGGAAACGGUCAGCUGCCAGUCGAUGAGACGUCUAGACAAAUAUCACUUCCCGAUAAUUUUUGUAAUUUAGUUACAUCAAAAGAAGAACUGAUCGAAAAAGUAUUUCCUGACAUUCAGAUAAAUCAUAGAAAUCAUGAUUGGCUCAGUGAACGAGCUAUCCUUGCCGCAAAGAAUAAAGAUGUCUAUCAACUUAAUAAUGUUAUACAAUCCAGUAUUCAAAGUGAUGAAACUACAUAUAAGUCGAUAGACACUGUUGUGGAAGCUGAUGAAGUAGUUAAUUAUCCAACAGAAUUUCUAAACUCACUUGAUCUGCCAGGGAUACCACCACACAUAUUGAAAUUGAAAGUAGGUGUGCCAAUUAUCCUCUUGCGGAAUAUUAAUCAGCCAAAACUCUGCAACGGCACGCGACUUGCAGUUAAGAGAUUAAUGAAUAAUGUAGUGGAAGCAACGAUUUUAACAGGGCCUUUCAAAGGUGAAGAUGUCCUCAUUCCUCGAAUACCCACGAUCCCGACCGAUACACCAUUUCAAUUUAAAAGAUUGCAAUUCCCAAUUCGAUUGGCAUUUGCAAUCACAAUCAACAAAGCUCAAGGUCAAUCUUUAGAAUUGUGUGGUCUAGAUUUAGAUGUGGAUUGCUUUUCACAUGGACAACUGUAUGUUGCGUGUUCCCGAGUCGGCAAACCAGAUAGUCUUUAUAUUUACGCAGACAGUGGAAAAACAAAAAAUAUUGUAUAUAAACAAGUAUUGCAAAAUUAAACUUAUAUGAAAUGUA